AUGCUACGUACCACCUGGAGCCGGUUGGGGAGCACCAUCAUUGAACCCCUCUCGGGCUCCAACGCGGCUUAUAUCAAAGGCAGCAGGUGCUUUGAUUUGGUCGUCCGUGAGGUUGAGGCAAUCAAAGCACACAUCCAAAGCCUUGUAGUGAAUAGGCAUAACGAAGUCUUAGAUUAUGCGGGUAAAUAUACGCUAGCGGGGGGCGGCAAGAUGAUGCGCCCUGCCCUGGUUGCCCUAAUGGCGCACGCCCUGGUGCCGCGUGAGGUUAGCAUGAGGUUUUCUGAAAGUGAGAUUGGGUGCCUAGAUGACAUCACACCGGGCACGAUCCUGCCUUUCUUGCGGAUGGCGGAGGUGACAGAGCUGAUUCACACAGCCUCGCUCGUGCACGAUGAUGUCGUUGAUAACAGCGAUAUCCGCCGCGGGCAGCCCGCCCUGCAUAAAGUGUACGACACCAAGCGUGCGGUGCUCGCCGGAGACUAUCUGCUUGCCCGUGCGUCUUUCUACAUAGCCACUCUGCAGGUGCCGCGGAUUGUGGUGCUCAUGACCACCGCCCUGGAGGAACUCACGACGGGGGAACUCAUGCAGAUGGAUGGGUGCUUUAGCAUUGAACGGUACGAGCAGAAGUCUUUCUGUAAAACAGCCUCUCUAAUCGCGAACUCCCUUGCCAGUACGGCCGUCCUCGCGGACCCAGGCAAUGAAGAGCUCGAGCUGCUCGCUUUCAGGUUCGGAAAGCAUCUUGGGAUUGCUUUCCAGAUUGUUGACGACUGUCUUGACAUUACAGGCAACGAAAAAGAGCUUGGUAAGCCAAAGCUGGCCGACCUAAAGGAGGGUAUCGCUACGAUGCCAGUGUUGUUGGCUGCGCAGAGGGAUCCAAACAUUGAUACCGCUGUGCGGCGACGCUUCACAGGUGAAGGCGACAUUGACUAUUGCCUUCAGGCUAUCAAAGAGAUGGGGGCGGUCGAUGAGGCGCUGCACAUGGCUAAUGAACACUGUCGACUGGGUGUUGUGGAGUUGGAAAAGCUUCACUCCUCGCCAGCGCGGGAUGCGUUGGAAGCCUCUCUCAAACUCGUCUCCGAGAGACGGUUUUAG